AUGGAUGGGAUUCAUGAAGUAAAUGAGAAUGGAAGUUCUGCACAUCAUGAACAGAAUCCGGUUGUAAAUAACUCUGCAAAUGGUGGCUUGACUUCCCAAUAUCCUCCAAAUGGGGGCGUGGGACACCUGGUUGAUGGUGUCGAGGAGACCUCUAUUGAGCAGCUUUAUGAAAAUGUGUGUGAGAUGCGGAGUUCUGAUCAAUCACCAUCGAGGCCUAGUUUUGGAUCGGAUGGUGAGGAGUCUCGGAUUGAUUCAGAGUUGCGCCAUCUUGCAGGAGGGGAGAUGGCAGAGGUGGAGAUAAUUGAAGAAGACGAAGAGGUGCAUAAGCCGGAGAAUGGUGAUUAUCAUGAUGAUUCUGGAUCCAAGAACGAGAGUCUAUCUGCUGCGAAGUUGGAUAACUCACAAUCUGCAAGUGCAAGUACCCCUUCGGCACAAUCAAGGAAGGCUUCUCACUUGCCGGUGGAAUCUGAAGUUUCUGCAAAAUCAAGUCCUAAGAGCAGAAAUCUGGAGAAACCUCCGUGGAGUGAGAAUACUGUUGGAAAAACAAAAAAGUACAAGAGUUCAGCUUCGGGGAGUCUGAAAUUGCAAAGCGGAACCAAGGAUCUGUCUGAAGCAGCUUUAGACAAUCCCGAUCUUGGUUCAUUUCUGCUCAAACAAGCAAGGGAUUUAGUGUCUUCGGGAGAUAAUCCAAGAAGAGCUCUUGGGCUAGCUCUCCGUGCAGCAAAGUCAUUUGAGAAAUGUUCCAACGGGAAGCCAAGCUUAGAUGUUGUCAUGUGUUUACACGUUAUUGCAGCUAUACACUGUAGCUUAGGCCAGUACAAUGAGGCUAUCCCAAUUUUGGAGCAUUCGAUCGAGAUUCCAACUAUUGAGGAAGGCGACGAUCAUGCCCUUGCUAAAUUCGCUGGUUAUAUGCAGUUAGGGGAUACCUAUGCAAUGUUGGGUCAACUAGAGAAUUCAAUUUCGUGUUACACGACAGGUUUGGAAGUCCAAAAACAAAUUCUUGGAGAGCAUGAUCCAAGAGUCAGUGAGACGUGUAGGUAUUUGGCUGAAGCUCACAUUCAAGCAAUGCAGUUUGACGAAGCUCAGAAGCUUUGUCAAAUGGCUCUUGAUAUUCACAGAGAGAAUGGUUCUCCAUCUUCCCUUGAAGAAGCAGCCGAUAGGAGACUCAUGGGGAUGAUUUGUGAGUCGAAGGGAGAUCACGAAACUGCUCUCGAGCAUCUUGUAUUAGCCAGCAUGGCCAUGGUGGCUAACGGGCAGGAAUCCGAGGUGGCGUCUGUUGAUUGCAGCAUUGGGGAUACUUACUUAUCCUUAAACAGGUAUGAUGAGGCGAUUUUUGCUUAUCAGAAAGCACUUACAUCUCUCAAGUCAAGUAAAGGGGAAAACCAUCCAGCUGUUGCGUCAGUUUUUGUCCGUCUGGCUGACUUGUAUAACAAGACGGGGAAAUUAAGGGACUCGAGGUCAUACUGUGAGAAUGCCCUUCGAAUUUACGAAAAGCCAAUACCUGGGAUUGCUCCAGAAGAAAUCGCUAGUGGUCUAACUGACAUCUCUGCUAUUUAUGAGUCAAUGAACGAGCUCGAGAACGCACUCAAGUUGCUGAAGAAGGCACUAAAGAUAUACAAUGAUGCGCCAGGUCAGCAAAACACAGUUGCUGGAAUCGAAGCGCAAAUGGGAGUUAUGCAUUAUAUGUUGGGAAACUACUCGGAGUCUUACUCCUCGUUUAAAAGUGCGACUACAAAGCUCCGAGCUAGCGGGGAGAAGAAAUCUGCUUUCUUUGGGAUUGCGCUUAACCAAAUGGGGCUGGCUUGUGUGCAGCGUUAUGCGAUUAAUGAAGCUGUCGAAUUGUUUGAAGAAGCAAGAGGCAUACUGGAGCAAGAAUACGGACCAUAUCACCCUGAUACACUUGGAGUUUAUAGUAAUCUUGCUGGCACCUAUGAUGCAAUUGGGAGAUUCAAUGAUGCAAUUGAAAUUCUUGAACUUAUUGUUGGUAUGAGAGAGGAAAAGCUCGGGACAGCAAAUCCAGAUGUGGAAGAUGAGAAGAAGAGGCUGGCGGAGUUAUUAAAGGAGUCAGGCAGGGCUCGCAAUAGGAAAAACCGAUCUCUCGAGACCCUACUCGAUUCAAACCCUAAUACGAACACUAUAAAUAAUGGUGCCAUUAGAGUCUGA